UUAACAUGGCAGCUAAAAUUGCAUUCGUCUGUGCUUUGGCACUUUUUGGCCAGGUUGCCUUCGCCCAGUACUACCCAUCUGGUUCUUACGUCACUGGCAACUCGAUUGUCGACAACGACAUCUUCAUCAACGGCGCCGGCAGUGCUUAUGCAUCUGCCUCUGGCAGUGCUUACGCCUCUGGCUCUGGCAGUGCUUAUGGCUCUGGCAAUGCUUACGCCUCUGGCUCUGGCCUCGCUGUAGGCGGCGGCAGUGCUUACGGCUCUGGGCUCGCUGUGGGUGGACUUGGCCUUUCAAGCGGACUUGGUCUCUCAAGCGGUCUUGGCCUCUCAAGCGGACUGAGCCUUUCCAACAACCUUGGCGCCAUUGGCGUGACUGCCCCUGCUACCAUUCAGGUUGGCGGUAAUUCUGGAUACAGCGUCGUGUCUGGCGGUCCUUUGUCUGUCACUGCCAUCUCCCCCAUCGGUCCCACUGGUCUUGCCGUCGCUUCUGAGAACGCCAUCGAAGGAAACCUGCUGGUGACCGGUCAGCUGCCGUUCCUGAGCGCUGUGGCCUUCGAAGGCGCCCUGCCCACUGCUGGGUCUGGUGUGGCCACUUGUGGAUGCGGCAGCGGACAGGUCGGCAUCGUCAGCGAAGGUUUCGGCCGCGUCUACUACUGAAGUGGGAUGCUAUGAUAAAGACA